CCUGCUCGCGCAGAAUCUCGCGAGGUUUGAGGGCGCAGGGCCGGACCGGGAGGCUGCAAUAUGGCGGAGGCGGAAGGGGAGAGCCUGGAGUCCUGGCUGAAUAAAGCUACCAAUCCUUCCAACCGCCAGGAAGACUGGGAAUAUAUCAUUGGCUUCUGUGAUCAGAUCAACAAAGAGCUUGAAGGGCCCCAGAUUGCUGUGCGACUUCUGGCCCACAAGAUCCAGUCUCCACAGGAAUGGGAGGCGGUGCAGGCCCUCACGGUGCUAGAGGCAUGUAUGAAGAACUGUGGCAGGAGACUUCAUAAUGAAGUGGGGAAGUUCCGGUUUUUGAAUGAAUUAAUCAAAGUCGUCUCUCCAAAGUACUUUGGAGACAGGGUGUCUGAGAAGGUGAAGACUAAGGUCAUCGAGUUGCUUUUUAGCUGGACGCUGGCCUUGCCGGAAGAAGCAAAGAUCAAAGAUGCCUACCAUAUGCUGAAGAGACAAGGCAUAGUGCAGUCGGACCCCCCUAUCCCCAUGGACCGAACGCUGAUCCCCUCUCCCCCACCUCGUCCCAAAAACCCUGUUUUUGAUGAUGAGGAGAAAUCCAAGCUUUUAGCCAGGCUGCUGAAGAGCAAGAACCCAGAUGACCUCCAGGAAGCCAACAGACUCAUCAAGUCCAUGGUGAAGGAAGAUGAGGCGCGCAUCCAGAAGGUGAGCAGGCGCCUGCACACGCUGGAGGAGGUGAACAACAACGUGAAGCUGCUGCACGAGAUGCUUCUCCACUAUAGCCGAGAGUGCUCGUCGGAGGCCGACAGGGAGCUCAUGCGGGAGCUCUUUGAUCGCUGUGAGAAUAAGAGACGGACACUGUUUAAACUAGCCAGCGAGACAGAAGACAAUGACAACAGUUUGGGGGACAUCUUGCAGGCCAGUGACAACCUAUCCAGGGUCAUCAACUCUUACAAAACAAUUAUUGAAGGGCAGAUCAUCAAUGGUGAGGUGACCACCUCAAUCAUGCCUGACUCUGAAGGAAACAGUCACUGCGGUAGCCAAGGCACCCUCAUCGACCUUGCCGAGGUGGACACCCCCAGCAGCUCGUCCCCGGUGUUGGCCCCAGCAUCUGCUCCACCCACCUCAGGCAUCCCUAUCCUCCCUCCACCCCCCCAAACCUCCGGGCCUCCACGAAGCCGCUCGUCCAGCCAGGCUGAGGCUCCCCCAGGGCCUGACAGUGCGAACACUGCCCUCUCCUUGCUGGAUGAGGAGCUCCUCUGUUUAGGCCUUACUGAUGCAGCCCCCACUGCUCCCAGAGAGUCAACCGGAAAUAGUCAGUGGCACCUGUUCCAGAACGAACCAUCAUCAGAUCUGGACUUCUUCAGUCUCAGGCCAGUGGCUGCGGUCUCCUGCCCCUCAGAUGGAUCCCUGCUCCCUCCCCCAGUUUCUACCUCAAGUAUGUCCCAAGCUCCACUGCCUGCUGCCUUCCCAGCUCCUGUGGUCCCAGCCAGUGCACCAACCCACAGCACUGGUUCCUUCAUGUUCUCUUCUGGAGCUGUCCCAGCCUUGGUUCCACAGGCUGAGCCCGAAGGCCCAGAAUACCCCAGCUCCAGCACCUCGAACCGCCUAGAUGCCCUUGAUCAGCUUCUGGAAGAGGCCAAAGUGACCUCAGGCUUGGUGAAACCUGUUUCUUGCUUCUCUCCUGGGCCCACUGCCUCCCCUCUGCUUCCUGCCUCUGCCCCAGCCAGGCCUCUCCUGCCCUUCUCCACUGGGCCUGGAAGUCCUCUCUUCCAGUCACCAGCCUUCCAGUCCCAAGGCAGCCCUCAGAAGGGCCCAGAGCUCUCCCUGGCCAGUGUCCAUGUGCCCCUGGAAUCAAUCAAACCUAGCAGUGUCCUUCCUGUGACAGCCUAUGAUAAAAAUGGCUUCCGCAUCCUUUUCCACUUUGCUAAGGACUGCCCGCCGGGACGGCCUGACGUGCUGGUGGUGGUGGUUUCCAUGCUGAAUACAGCUCCCUUGCCAGUCAAGAGCAUCGUGCUGCAGGCCGCAGUGCCCAAGUCAAUGAAAGUGAAGUUGCAGCCACCCUCUGGGACAGAACUUUCCCCAUUUAGUCCUAUCCAGCCACCUGCAGCCAUCACCCAGGUCAUGUUGCUGGCCAAUCCAAUGAAGGAAAAGGUGCGGCUUCGAUAUAAACUGACCUUUGCUCUGGGGGAGCAGCUGAGCACAGAACUGGGUGAAGUGGACCAGUUUCCUCCUGUGGAGCAGUGGGGGAACCUAUGACCCCAGCACAUGUUGCCAUCUCUACUUGGAAGGCAGGCAGCCGAGACAGGCUCUGGCCAGUCCAGCCAUAGUACACCCCGGACAGUGUUCAUAGCUCGGUGUGGAAUGGGGCCCUGGCACUUGUGUCAGGAACCAAGCUGCUGCUUUGGUCAUCUCUUCCUGGGCCCCUAAAAGGACCUGUUUUAUCUACCUGUGUGACUUGAAGUAGCCGUACUGUGUGGGUGUGGAAUCCCCUGUGGCUUCUUUGGUCAGUCUGAGAGGUGGACUCGGCCUGGAGUAGGAUUUCCCUUUUUUUCCUGGCAUUCCUUGAUACCAGGGAGAGGGCUCUCUGAACAGUGUCUCUCCAACCCCUUCAAGAACUACGUCUUUACACCCUGAAGAGGCCUGGCUUAGGAGACUGUACCUCCUCCCCUUGGUGUCCUGGGUUCUUUGCUAAUAGGCACUGCUGCUUCCUGGACCGAAGUGGGCAGCGCUGGCCAAGUGAGAAGUGUGGAGUGCUGUAGUCUUCACUUCCUGCGAGCAGCAGCAUCCACCCUUCAGUGGCUACUGAUACUGAGUAAGUGUGGUGUGCUUACAGUGGCAGGUUGUGUCCUAUGGACAUCUUAGCAGGACAGAGAACUUGGCCUGACAGCCUCACGUAGGGACAGGAAGGAAAAUGGAAGUGCCAGUGUUUCCCUUCAGAAGCAGGCACUGUGGCUUUCUGGGAAAGGCGUACCUCCUGCAGUGGGACUAGGCCAUCCUACUCACUACCUCUUGCUUGGCAUGAAAUAAACUGCUGUGCUCCCCAUAAGCCUUUAAGGGGAGGACACCUCUUGCCACUCUGCAUCCUGCUUUGGUCACUCCCUCUCCCUGCCGCACAGAAUGUGGUGUGGCACCUAUGGCUGGACCCAGGAAGUCUCAGGGUCACACACAUUGCACUAGACUUUAUGUCCUUUCGUGCUGCACCUAACACCCAGUUUCCCCAGAUAGAGGGGCGCUGUUGGCGGGCGAUAUGUUGGGUCUGGAGGUUAUGCUUGAGUGACCAGACCCUAUUGCUUCCACAGUGCUGUGCCUCAGCAUGACCCCCUCAGCGGCUCCAGGUCAGAACCUUUCAAGCUGAUAGGGAACUCGCUGCCCUAGGAGCUGGGAAAGGGUAGACACCCUGUUCCCAGUGCUGCUUUAGGGCAUCCUUGCUGUCUGGAGGUCACCUGGCCUACCUCCUGGCUAUUGUCCUUAGCUAGCAGGUUUUACACUUUCCUUAGGACAGGUCAAAAAAAAAUUUAUUUUCACUGAUGAUGGAAUAUAUCCAAAAGCUUUCCAGAGACUGGUCACUUUGGUGCUGGAGCAUCUAUGGGAUUACUAUGUCAAUAGUCUUUAAAUAUUUAAAUCAUGAGUGUUGCCCACUACUACUGAGGUCACUGCUUCAGUCAACAGCUAUACUGGAUGUACCACCUCCUGCCCUUGUUUUGCUGCAUGUGAAAUAAAACCAUGUCACCCUG